AUGGCGGAGAAGAAGAGUGUAGAGAUGGACAAGGCGGCGCCGUCGGCGGCCAAGGAUGCCGUCCUCGUGCCGUCGGAAGAGAUGCCUGCCGGGUCGCAGAAGGUGGAAGAGCUCGACUUCAACAAGAUCAAGGGACCCGUCACGGCCGGGGACCUGCUCCUGGGGAUGCGUAACAUGGGAUUCCAGGCCUCGUCCAUGGCGGAGGCGGUGCGGAUCAUCAACGACAUGCGAGCGUGGCGCGACCCGGAGACGGGAGACAGGACGACGCUGUUCCUCGGCUACACCUCCAACCUCAUCUCGUCGGGCCUCCGCGGCGUCUUCCGCUGGCUCGUCGAGCACAGGCACGUGUCGUGCAUCGUCACGACGGCGGGCGGCAUCGAGGAGGAUUUCAUCAAGUGCCUCGGCGAGACGUACAUGGGCUCCUUCAACGCCGCCGGCGCCGAGCUGCGCAAGAAGGGGCUCAACCGGAUCGGCAACCUGCUCGUGCCCAACGCCAACUACUGCGCCUUUGAGGAUUGGGUGGUGCCCAUCUUCGACAGGAUGCUCGAGGAGCAGGAGGCGAGCAAGGGGACCGACGAGGAGAUCAACUGGACGCCGUCCAAGGUCAUCCACCGGCUCGGCCGCGAGAUUGACGACGAGCGGUCCGUCUACUACUGGGCCUACAAGAACGACAUCCCCGUCUUCUGCCCGGCCUUGACCGACGGCAGCCUCGGCGACAUGCUCUACUUUCACACCUUCAAGACGUCCCCGCUGCAGCUGAAGAUUGAUCUCGUCGAGGACAUCCGCAGGAUCAACACCAUCGCCGUCAAGGCCAAGCGGGCCGGCAUGGUGAUUCUCGGCGGCGGCGUGGUCAAGCACCACAUCGCCAACGCCUGCCUCAUGCGCAACGGCGCCGAGUCGGCCGUCUUCAUCAACACGGCGCAGGAGUUUGACGGGAGCGACGCCGGCGCGAGACCCGACGAGGCCGUGUCGUGGGGCAAGAUCAAGACGGGCGCCGACAUGGUCAAGGCGAGCAUUCCCGGCUUCACGCGCGGCGCGACGCGGCAUGGCGUGGUGGGAGCUGACGCUGAUUAG